CUUUGCCCAGGUGACGCGUCACCGGUUGCCAUGGAGACUGCUCAGUUUACCUGUUCUACAAGAGUCCGGAGUUCUAGUUGGGGUUAAGAGGCUCCAAGUUGGUGUAGUUGUUCUUCGAGGCGCUGAGGACUUUGGAAACCUCAAAUGGCCAAACUACUACAAGCUCCACCCAAGUUCCUGCCCUUGGAGUGGCACAUUGCUAAUAAGGACCAGUACCACAGAGCGGAGGCCGAAAGGUCCCGGUCUGAACGCCUGGUGGCAGAAAGCCAGAGGCUUGUGGAUGAAAUUGAAAAGACCACAAGAAAGUCUCAAAGUGAUGUGAACAAGAAACUAGAACAGAGACUUGAGGAAGUCAAGUUCUGGAAGAAGGAGUUAGAUGACAAACUUGAGCAGCUUGUGUAUGUGACUGAAGAUCUACUCACAUAUCAGACCAGAUUGGAGAAAGCCCUGGAGAGCUUGAAAGAGCCCUUGCACAUCACUCAGACGUGUCUGGAAUAUAGGGAGAAGCGAGUUGGCAUUGACCUGGUGCAUGAUGAAGUGGAGCAGGAGCUGAUCAAGGAAGCUGAGAUCAUCCGGGGGGUGAUGGCCCUGCUGACCCGCAGCCUGGAGGAGACGACCGAGCAGAUCAGGGUCUCCCGAGAAACUGUAGGUGCCGCCUGGGCAUUCCAGAGAGAGACACCUUCACCUUCUCGCUUCAGGCUGAACCGCUCUGCAAAGUACAAUCUUGAAAAGGACUUGAAGGACAAGUUUGUGGCCCUGACCAUUGAUGAUAUCUGUUUCUCACUCAAUAACAACUCACCAAACAUCAGAUAUUCUGAGAACGUCGUGAGGGUUGAACCAAACUCUGUGAGUCUGGAGGACUGGUUAGACUUCUCCAACACCAACGUGGAGAAGGCUGACAAGCAGAGGAACAACUCCCUGACGCUGAAGGCCCUGGUAGACCGAGUCCUGUCCCAGACGGCCAACGACCUGCGCAAGCAAUGCGACGUGGUGGACACAGCAUUCAAGAAUGGGCUGAAGGAGACCAAGGAUGCCAGGGACAAGCUGGCCAUUCAUCUGUCCAAGGUCAUGGAAGAGAUUGCUUCCCAGGAGAAAAAUGUUACAGUUCUUGAAAAAGCCAUCCUUGACCAAGAAGGUCCUGCCAAGGUGGCUCAUACACGCCUGGAGACCAGGACAUGUCGGCCUAAUGUGGAGCUGUGUCGCGAUGUGCCCCAGUAUCGGCUGAUCAAGGAGGUUCAUGAGAUCACCCACAACAUUGCAAGAUUAAAGGAAACAUUGGCCCAAGCUCAGGUGGAGCUGAAAGGGCUGAAUCGCAGACAACUGGCGCUGCAGGAGGAGAUCCAGGUCAAAGACAACACCAUCUACAUCGAUGAGGUGUUGUGUAUGAACAUGAGGAAGUCCAUUCCGCUGCGGGAAGGGGAUGAGUUUGGGCAGUGGGCCGGGGGUCUCAGCCCCGACGCCGUCUGCUAAAAGUAGGGAUCAUUCAGAGUCUCAUUAAACAGUGUCAUAAAACAGUAGGUAGUACGGAAGAACUCUCAUUCCAGGACGGCGGCACUGCCAGUCAGCCCGCCACAACCUCUUGGCCAGGUUUCCAACCUGCUCAGCAGCUGAGAUUUGCGUGCAAGCCUCCGUACUGCUGGUGCUGCUGCUGGGGUGGUGUUUUGACAGUGAAAUUCCAUGUAUUAGCACAGGCCGUUCCCAUAAUAUUGCAGGACUUGGGGCUUUGGGGAGGCGUCCAAGACAGUUUAGUUCAGAUUCAUUUCAGUUCAGUAGUUGGGCUGGACCCCUGAUUCCACAAGAGGGGGAUGCACACAUUUCUCUCUGCUCUCCAGAUUCCUUUUCCCCUGAAAACACUGUGACUGCUGACUUAGACCUAGACUGGCCCAUAGGAAGCCUCUUCAAGUCUUCCAGAGCGUAGGUGGGAGGGGAGCAGCCGCUGGUCAGGAGGCCUCUUCCGCCUUCCCCAACACCUGUAGGUGUCUCUCUCGGCCUUGAAUAGGCUUUCCUCUGGGAGAAACGAUGAAGACAGGAUAGGGCCAAACGGCCCGCCAGCUCUUAGAAAGUCAGUCUAGUGGUGGGGCUUGAGGGGUAGGUGGGCCAGGUGGCUGUUGUCUGCAGUCAUGGGGGACAGAGGGAGGACAUCGCUGCUUCACAAGCUGGAGGAAGGCCGAAGGGAACCAGGGGAACUGCAUGUCAGCGGUGGGGUGGGCGGCUCUGGCAGGAGGAGUUCAGAGUGACACUCUGGGAAGGUUAGAGGUGGCAGCAAGUGUUCAAUAAAUACAAGCCAUUUUUAAUAGUCCCCACUCCCAGACCCGCAUGAUUUGUGCAUGGUAGUACUCAUGGCAUAGGCUCAGUUUCAUAUAAUUGUUUUCUUCCUUAAUCAUACACUGCAAAUAGCUUUCCAUGUUGCUAUAUCAUCUUUAUAAUUACUUUAAUGGUUACAUAUCUCUUUAAAAGUUUUCACCAAGACUAUUUCC